AUGGACUCUGCUGGCAAGGAGCGAAGACGCGGUAGCGCGUCUCCCGGCGGUAACUCGGACUUUUCCACGUCUACAAAAGAUACAAAUGGAAGCUUAGACGCAAUAACACCUGACGCCGAAGUGAGCGUGCAGAUGAGUGAGGAGAUGGCGCUGCAGCAACAGCAGACUUCAUCCUAUCCGAGUCUGUUGGGCAAGCGGGAGGCUGACACAGAGCUGCAUGAAGAGGAACAUGACGAUGAAGAAGCUGAGGAAGACCCGUCUCGUCUACUUCCUGUGGCUGAAGAGGAGCAGGCGUUGGUACAGUGUGUGGGCAUAGAGCAGUGCUUCGAUUCAUGGGACGAUUUCCAUCGCGCCAUGGAAGAGUACUGCGCAACUACGCACCAACCAAUGCGACUGAGGACAUCCGACUCAGCUAAAGCUGUGAACUCUCGUGCUGCUAAGAGGAACAGCUUGAAGGAACCCAUUGACGAAAGCGUCGGAUUUGUUAAGAAGCUCUACCUGUGCACGCACGGAGUGAAGACUAAACCCCGUGGAAAGGGAAAAAGACCGAGACAGCACUAUCGUUAUAUGGGAUGCCCCGCCAUGAUUCGUGCUUGUAUUUCUGAACGCAAGCCCGGUGAUCUUGAAGGACAGGGCAAAGGCAAGUAUGUCGUCCGUGUUGUGGCUCAGAUCAACCGACACAACCAUCGUCUGAGCGAGCACUUGUUCAAGUCAUACUCGGAGAGCCGUGUUGUGAUUGAUGACGAACUGAUCGUACCAACCUCGCAAAGCCGAUUGAAAGAGGAGCAUGCUGUCACAGCGUCUGCCACUGCCUCGGUUGCUUCUGUUGAACAGCAGAUCACUGGCACCGUACACCCGGAUUUGGAAGACCCCACGUUGAAGACUAACCCUCUGUUUCAGACUCAAGGACUCGACCUUAUGUCUGCUGCGUCUCGCGUCAAGAUUCGUGUUGGCUGGAUCGGAACGGGCAUCAUGGGUGCCAGUAUGUGUGGACAUUUGAUGAACCACGGCUAUGAAGUCACUGUGUACAAUCGAACACUGUCGAAAUGUGACGGGCUACGGGGAAAAGGAGCGAGAGUGGCUGGUUCUCCUGCUGAAGUCGCCCAAAACUCCGAUAUUGUUUUCAUCAUGGUGGGGUAUCCGAGCGACGUAAAGUCAGUGGUGCUUGACGCAGACUCGGGUUUGCUUUCGCGGAUGAAGGCAGGGGGCAUCAUCGUUGACAUGACGACUAGUUCUCCUGCACUGGCGAAAAAGAUUUAUGAAGCGGCGAAACUGAAGGGCGUUUCCACACUUGAUGCUCCUGUUUCCGGAGGGGAUAUUGGCGCCCGUGAUGCCACGCUCUCCAUCAUGGUUGGUGGCGACAUGGAAUCAGUCUACGUCACGAUGCCUUUUCUCAGUAUUAUGGGCAAGUCCGUUCGCCACAUGGGACCUGCCGGUGCAGGCCAGCACACGAAGAUGAUGAACCAAAUUUUGAUCGCCACGAACAUGAUCGGAGUGGUCGAAGGUCUUCUGUACGCCAAGAAAAGUGGUUUGGACAUGGAUGAAGCCAUUCGUGCAGUGAGUGCCGGUGCGGCUGGAUCGUGGUCGAUCAGUAACAUGGGCCCGCGGAUUGCCAAGCGAGACUUCGACCCUGGUUUCUUCGUUGAGCAUUUCCUCAAGGACAUGGGUAUCGCUUUGAAAGAAGCGGAGAGGAUGAACCUAUCACUACCGGGGCUUUCGCUAGCGCACCAGUUGUACAUUGCUGUAAAGGCGCAAGGGCACGGCCGAUUGGGAACUCAAGCAUUGAUGCUUGCUUUGGAGCAACUGAAUGGUAUUUAUCCGGAAAAAGCCAACAACGUGGAAGUGGUGUAA